AAGUCGUGGGUUGUUGUUUUAUUUAUUGCCAGAAUACAAAAGUGUAGUGCGUUUAUUUUAUUUUUAAAUGUAAAAUUAUAUUUUUAAAUACAUUAUUUGGGGAGUACAGUAUGGGUGUGUUUUGACUAAGCCAGUGUGUUUUAUUUAUUUUGAGAUCUGGCAACACUGCUGUUACUUCACACUACGGUGUAUACGGAAAGAGUAAAGGUGUGAGGAGCAUUUAUUGAUGCAUUUAAUGUUGAUUUGACAGGGACAAAUGCACAAAACAUUGCUUUAUGGAGAAUACAAAGUAGAUGCUAUGCAUACAGUUUUCUGGUGCUCAGAUUAAUAAAAGGUAGUAGUGGCAAAUGGACUUCCUCACUCUGUUUGGUAUAUAUGUGGCUGUAGUGCUCACCUGCAUUGCUCUGGUUUGUAAGUAUUCAGGACAUCAGCAAACUCCUCUCGGUCGACUUUUGGACACGUUUACUGGGGUUGUCUCUCAAUUGAUCCCACAAUGUCUCCAAGACAUUUGCUACAGGACUAUGCACAGACUGUUCCAUCAGAGGAACAACUUCUUCCUUUACUUGCACCUGUUACUUGAAGUGGUUGUGUAUGGAGAGUUCUCCUAUGAGGUCUUUGGCUUCUGUUUGGACAUGGGCACAAGUUCGAUCAGCCUGUGCAUUCCCUAUGUCCUCCUCGCCCUGAAGUCCUAUCUGUUCUACCUGUGUUGUAGCAGAGACCCUGGCACACUGACAAAGGCAAACCAUACUUCACAACUGAAGAUCUACCAGUAUGAUGAAAAACUGUUCCAGCAGGGAGUCCAAUGUUUAACCUGUCAGCUGGUCAAACCUGCCCGAUCUAAACACUGCAGGGUUUGCAAUCGAUGUGUCCAGAGAUUCGACCACCAUUGUGUGUGGGUGAAUAACUGCAUCGGUGCCCAGAACAUCAGAUUCUUCCUGCUGUAUCUCCUGAGUGUGUGUGUCAUGGCAGGUGAUAUUGCAGUCCUUACAGCAGACAUGUUGCUCCAAACUGUUUUGCGAACCGGACUCCUGCACGCUCACUACAUUGAUGAGCAGGGUGUGCAACAGCGCGCUGGACCGCUCUUUAUCAUCCAGCAUCUCUUUCUGACGUUUCCACGGAUUGUCUUCAUGCUGGGCUUCCUUGUAUUUGUCUUCUUCCUCUUGGCGGGUUAUUCCAUGUUUCACAUGUAUUUGGCUUUGAUAAAUCAAACCGCCAAUGAGUGGUUUAAAGGAAAAGGUCACAACUGCCAGCAUUGCCAUCCGUACACUGGACACAACUGCCAGACCUCAUACAAUCCUUUUAGAGGUUUCUAUCACAGGGGAAUCCUCAAAAAUUUGGGGGAAAUCUUUUGGCCCAUAUGUCCUGUUCAAAAAUUUAGAACGAAAGAAAAUUAGAGAAACUGUUGUUGUUAUUUUAAACAGUGUAUUUUGUAUUAAACUUUUUUAUUUGGGUAAAUGGGAUUUUUAAUAAAUACUUUCUCAGCUUUAU